ACUUCUGCUUUUUGGAUGUUUCAUGCUAAUGUUUGUUGUACAUUUAGUUGAGGUUGUUGUAUGCUUUGUGGGGCACGUGUUGUUUUCUCUUGCAUCCAGCAUAUCUCUUACCACAACCACAAUGUCUCUUUUCUUCUUCAUGCUUCCAUUCAACCCCAGCUCCUAAUAAUCUUCCCACACCCCUGGAUGACUCUCUGAAUCCUAACUUUACAAAUCAAAGCUUCAUCCUAUUCCAUGAUUACUCAUUCAACAUGUCGGAACCGUAGCUCAGAUCCCUAAUUUCCCCCGAAAAACCUUGAACCCUAAAUUUUUGGUCAGGUUUGGUGUUCGAUCCUGAUAAGCAUUUUUCCAUGUUCCUUUAGGUCUGUUUGGUUGUUGAUUUUAAUUUUCUGUUUGUUCAACUAGGUUUGCUGAAGUUCUUGUAAGUGGUUGUGCUUUAUGUUUAAGUUGUGUUUUGUACAGUUUGUGUUGUAUAAUAGGUUAAUUUGAUUGUAACUUUUGUCCAUUAAUAUUCACAUUUAAUCUCAAAGAAGCACACACAUGUCUGUAAUUAGAGAGUCUGAGAAAGAUACAGGGUGGAAUCAAGAGGCAGAGUGGCCACAACGGUGGCGUAUCGACGGAGCGGUGGUGGAGUCAGCGGAGUUGUGGCGGCGCCCCCUCAUUCAGAUAGGUGAAAUAAGAACCCGAGUAAACCCAGAAGACUCACGGUCCUGAAGUUUUAUGUUCAAGGUUAUGUUAUUGGAAUCAUCAUCGAUAAUGGAAGUAAUAUGGCGGUGGAUCGAAGGAGUGGUUCAAAGUUCCCGGCAACAACAGUGGCGUGGUUUUUUCACCAGAAUCAAGACCUAUCCAAUAUCAAAGGUAGUGCUCGGAUGGUUUAGGGUCCGAAACGAGAGAAUACAAGGAGUUUAAGGUAAGAAUUAACGUGUUGGUUGCUAAAGCUAUGAAGAAGCCUGAAGUAGGUUGGGUCAUGCAAGACGGGACACCAUGGCCCGGUAAUGACAGUCGAGAUCACCCAGAAAUAAUUCAGGCUUAUCUAGGAAGUGGAGGUGCACUUGAUGUUGAAGGCAAGGAAUUACCGAAACUGGUUUACGUUUUGCGUGAAAAACGACCCGGUUAUAACCAUCACAAGAAAGCAGGAGCCAUGAACGCCCUUAUUCGAGUGUCUGCAGUGCUUACAAAUGCACCAUUCAUACUCAAUCUGGAUUGUGAUCACUAUGUCAACAACAAUAAAGCUGUAAGAGAAGCUAUGUGCUUCUUAGUGGACCCUUUUAUGAUCUCUAGGGUAUUGAAGAACGACUCGAGGGUUACGACAAGUUGGAGAAGUCGUCGUUGAUGUCACAAAAGAAUUUUGAGAAACGGUUCGGGCAAUCUCCUGUUUUUAUAACUACAACUUUGCUGGAAAACGGUGGGAUUCCUGAAGGAACUAACAGUAAUUCUUUUAUUAAAGAAGCCAUUCAUGUUAUUAGUUGUGGAUAUGAAGAGAAAACUGAAUGGAGCAAAGAGGUAAAAGAAUUAAAAAUACAGUUUUUUCUGUUAA